UUUCAGAUUUGGUCCAAAACGCCAUAUUGUUGUGGUAAGUCGCCAGGUUUCCGACCUGGCUGCUGCAAUCACCUCCAAUGAUGUUUACCUUUUGAAUUGCUCCACUCGUCUCAAGUUGUCAACUGUCAAGUGUCGGUCUGCAAAGCCAUCGAAGCACCAUAACGGAUGUGAUCCCAAAAAAAAGAAGAAGAAGAGGGCGGGUCCGAUGCAGUUUGCACUCCCCCUGCACUAGACUAAACGUUUGAAUGAAUUGGAAAACAAUGUGAUGACUUUUGAGUGCAGUGCAAGUUGCGGGCGGCAUCAUGGCUGAACAUUUCCACAUCAACACGCCCUUGCUUGAGAGUGCUGCAAUGUCCAAACAUGUGGGAACCACGGUGUAUCUGAAAAUGGAGAAUUGCCAGCCCUCUGGUUCUUUCAAGAUUCGUGGCAUUGGCUACUUGUGCCAACAGGUAUACUACACACCUUGCAUCUAUUUGGGAAUUUCCCUCUCAUCUUGCUCCCCCCCUCUGCAGCUCAAGUCACAGUCCAAAGGAUUUGUCUGCUCCUCAGGUGGAAAUGCCGGGAUGGCGGCUGCCUACGCCACGCGAAAAAUGGGUGUGCCGGCCACCGUCCUAAUUCCCUCAUCGACGCCUCGUUUUGUUGUCCGGAGACUGGAGGAUCAAGGUGCUCUUGUCAAGAUUGUGGGCAAGGUUUGGGAUGAUGCAAACGCCGAGGCUCUCCGACUAGUGGAAACGGAGGGCUUCUCCUACGUGCCUCCCUUUGAUCAUCCCUUGAUAUGGAAGGGCCAUUCUAGUCUGAUGGUAGAGGCCGCAGCCACCUUGGGUCCAAAUGUCAAGCCUGGAGCGGUGCUGCUAUCAGUGGGCGGAGGGGGGCUCCUCUGUGGGGUGGUCCAGGGCCUGAAGGAUGUAGGCUGGAUGGACGUGCCCAUCAUCGCCAUGGAAACGCUCGGCGCAGAUUGUUUGAACGCAUCACUGAAGGCCGGAAGGAUGGUUACCUUGGAUGACAUCACCAGCGAAGCGAAAAGUCUCGGUGCAAAGAGAGUUUGUGCAAAAGCCUUCGAAUACAGUCGGAGCCAAGAGGUCACUAUCAUUUCUGAAGUGGUGACUGACCAGCAGGCUCUUCAUGCCAUGGAGACAUUCCUGGAUGACGAGCGUGUCCUGGUGGAAAUGGCCUGUGGCGCCACACUGGCAGCAGUCUACAGCCGAGUUGUGCACCGAUUACAGGCUGAAGGUCGUCUACCGGCUCUCUUGCGCCCCCUGCUGGUAAUAGUGUGUGGCGGCUGCAACGUCAAUGCGGAGCAACUAUCUCAACUGAAAGAAAAGUUGCAGAAAAAGUCAAUAUUCUGUGUGCAUCAGAAAAAUGCAGAACAGUGAUUGUUUUCCCCUAAAAAUGUACCUUUUAAAAUGCUUUGAUGACAUUUUCUUUCAAAGGCAAUUUAAUGAGAGCUGUAGGAAAGAUGAUACAAUAUUUGACUACUAUAUCACCGAAACAAACGUCGAUUUGGGGACAACGGAAUGGGGUCCAAUAAAAGUUCGAUUAUCAUGGUUGCCCGCUA